AUGGACUCGACGAGUCCACUGCCAAACUCGAAAAAUCAGAUUCCUAAAAAGCCCUUUCAGCCUCCAUUGCCAUAUCCAGCCCGAGCUAAGAGAGAAAAGCAGGAAGAGGAGUACCAGAAGUUUCUUGAUCAUAUUAAAGCUCUUCAAAUCAACAUACCCUUCAUCGAAGCUGUCGCACAAAUGCCAAAAUAUGCAAAAUUCCUUAAGGAACUUCUCACGAAUAGAAGGAAGAUGGAGGAAGUGAAAAAGGUAGUUCUUAAUGAGAACUGCUCAGCUGACAUGCUAAAUAAGCUACCAAAGAAGAAGGGUGACCCGGGAAGCUUGACUUUGCCUUGCCAAUUUGGUAACUUAGCUACCAUUCUUGCUUUGGCCGAUUCGGGAGCAAGUGUGAAUCUCAUGCCGUAUUCAUUCUUCAAGAAGCUGGAUCUCUCGGAACCAAGGCCAAUUCGUAUGGCGAUUCACUUAGCAAACAAGACAGUCACCUUUCCAAGAGGCAUAUGUGAAGACUUAUUGGUUAAGGUGGACAAGUUCAUAUUUCCCGCAAAUUUUAUAAUUCUAGACAUGGAGGCGGAUCCUCAAGUCUCGAUCAUCCUUGGAAGACCUUACCUCAACACAGCAAGUGUUAUAGUAGACAAGAGAGACUCGAAGCUUACUUUACGGGUAGGAGAUGAUUCAGUCACUUUUGGGGUUGAUCAAGCUAUGAAGUAUGCAAGGAAUAGUGAUGACAUGGUGUUCUCGAUUGACAUGCUUGAUGAAUUGAUGGGAGGAAUAUGA